AUUAUAUGGGCGUGUGCUGGCAGUUGGAGAAAAGUCCCUCGAGGACACGCUCAUGAGGUCUGUUAUUUCUGUCGAUCCCCCGCUCAGACGACCUUCUACGUGCUAUACCUUGAUUUGUUGAGGAGUCGAGCGUUCCUGGAGAUUGCUUGUGUGAUUUGCACGGCCACCACUCACAGACAGGAAGACGUGUGCCCGGUCUCGAGCUUCUGAUGGAGACUCCAAGCAAUCCAACCCCUAUCCUAUUAAGGUUCCCAGAUGAGAUCCUGAAUAUCAUCCUCGAGCUUCUGGCACCGCAGUCGCUUUCCGGGGAGCUGAUCACCAUCGACCACAGAACUUCCUUGAGCGUGGAAAGUUUUGCAUCUGAGCCAGCCCAGGUGUCAGAUGAGCAUUCACACGUGACAGGCACAUUCAGGUUGAUAUGCAAGAAAUUCGAGCUGUGGACCCUAAGCCGUCAAUUUGCCCGGGUAUCUAUUCGUUUCUCGCCCGAGGGUUUCAAGAAGUUAGGUUUACUUGUUGAGCGACCCCACAUCGCGAAGCAUGUCAAGAAAAUAUCUUAUAUGGUCCCUAGUUUCAGCUCUCUAGACCAGGCAAGAUUUACAGAGUUGCUUCACGAGGCUAUCGCCACAACCAACGAGCUGCAACGACAGCUCAACCAGAGGCAGAAUGUGCCCCACGUUGAUAGGCUGCGGCCAACUAACCACGAGCUUCGCAACAGGCGUGCUCGCAGUGAAAACAAUGAGAGGUUAAUUGCGGAAAUGAUGAAGAGGACAGAGAUUCAAAGACGCAUUAUAGGAGAAAGAUCCGAUGAACGAGCACUUGUGUCCGCACUCAAAGCUUUCACUGGGCUCCAGCAGAUACGACUGAUGAGGGUUCAGGAUCCAUUCGAUGCUGGGUGGAAUAACUUCUCGAGAAUGCAUUUAGGUCUCGAUUCAGAAUCCAGAUCUUCUAGAUGGACACUUGCAUGCGAGCAUGCUGCGAGAACUCUAUGCCGUGCAUUUCUAGCAUCUCCAUCCCCUGUCCUGGGCCGAAUUUCUUGUCGUUCGUUGGAUCCCCAGACCCCACUUCUCCUUGCGCAGAUCCAGCCGAAAAAUAUCUCUGAUGUUGCGGUACGUUUGAACUGCCUAGAGCUACAAUUUGACGACCAACCCAAUCUGGAAGAAGAUCUAUUGGAAUUGUCACGGCUCUUUCAAACUGUAUUUACGGCGGCAGUCAACAUAGAGGGGUUGCACAUUGGCUUUACACGGCCCGUAUCGAUCUCUUUUAAGACAGUCUUCCACAAUGUUCACUGGAAGAAACUCAAAUAUAUCGGUUUUGGGGCAUGGCGUUUGGACAGUGAGGAGAUCAUCGAUUUUGCACGGCGACACCGAAAGAGUCUUCGGUCUAUACGUCUUAGGGAUGUCCGUCUAAACGAAGGCAGUAGAUGGGUGGAAGUUUUGAGAGUGCUCCGGCUCGAAUUAUUAAGUCUCAAAUGGGUCAGCCUGCGGAAAGUAGGCUAUUCAGAUGAGGAGGAACUUGGAGGCAUGUACGUACCGGAUCAACAGGAUGACGACGAUGAUAGUGAUGGAAGUAAUUGGGGGGUUGGUGACGGAGCUUCCGAGAACUUCGAUGAUGGCGAGGAGGAGGAUGAUGAUGAUGCCAGCUUGGACGAAAAUGGGGAUCAUGAGGAAGAGCAUGGCGAUGAGUCUGGAGAUUCUGCUCAUGGAAGUGUUGCGGGUGAUAGCGAACUUGGCACCUCUGUGAAUGAUUUGGCUAUCGAUGACCAGACAAUGCUCCAUCAUUCUACUGCCCCAUCCGAUACCAUGGCCGAAGAUGAAACAGCGCACCACAAAUCCAGCUCUCCACCUCAGUGCCAGUGCGACAAUGGGUUUGCUUGGGAGGAUCUAAUUGAUGAUGGCGCCCUUCGGGUGCCAAAAAUACAAUGGAAGUGGUGGGAGAAAUGGGCCAUCAACCGCUGUCAUAUACAUGAUCCCCCCGCAUCUUCCUUGUGAUUCAGCUUCUGGUCUCUUUUGGUUCAGCUCCACUGGAAAAUACGGCCAAGAUUAUAUUGCUUCUACCUAGC